UUAGUAUUUAAAUGGCUUUUAUAAACCGGUUUAAGGGAGGAGGCGACCUUCUUUUUUAGACAUGGCGAGUUUCGAGGGAUUCGAACCCGUAUUCGGAGAAGUCGUACCCGAGCGUUCGGAUCCGGGUUCGGGUCUACUCCGGCGGUGUCUCUUCCACGUCUACGCUUCCGAUUCGUUACACCUCACCGUCCAUGUGACGGACUUUAUAUCCGGCGCCUGGGAGACGAUCCUCUCCGUCUCGCAGCUAGACGAUAUGAGGGAUAGUGUGGGCAUUGGUGGCUCGUGGUCUGAGUUCCUUGAUUACACUGUCGCUUCUUUGAAAUCCGAAAACGUGAAGCUUCUACUUGGUGAUCAUUCUGUUUCAAAAGGUGUAGAGAGUGCGAGAUUAGUUUCUCAGAAGGCCAAAGGAAUGCCUCGCAUAGUAGUUACUCUAACGAAGAUGGCUGAAUCAUCUGCUAGUGAGGCGAUGGCAACUCUGUCUCUCGAGUUGUUCAGAUCAUUCAAGAGAAAGCAACACUUACAAGGGGAAAUGAGCACUUCAGCUGCGGCAAACGAUGAAAAGGAUAAGAUGGACUCUACCCAUAACCAACUAGAUGUUAUGGCUCCAUCAACAGAUCACCGGCAAGACUCUCCCGCCAAGCAAUCUGCCCGAGAAGCUAAUACAAUUAAGCCUUCUAAACGAGUACCUGCUCACCGGAGAACCCGUAAACGAGGUGCUCUUCUGCAGGACUCGGAUGAAGAGGACGGCUAACGCUCUGGAUCUCCUGGGGAGUUAUGCUUAAUGCUCAUUAAUUUCCCAGGUUUUUCUCCUCGUUGGGUGAAUGGAUUUGUGACAUUACAUGUAACGUUAAAGUAGCUUGCUAGUGGACUCAUAUUAGAAUCCUUCUCUGCAAGAUAACGAAUAAAUAAAUUGAAAUCUUGCUUAGUGUCAUUAUUCAUUCUUGUAGUGUUUCCUCCAAGCACAAAUUAUUUUCAUAUAUGACGUUUCCAAUAUAUGAACAAACUAUACACACCA